AGAGUAGCGGGGGCACCGCCGCACGAGCAGGGCGAGGUCGAUCUCUGAACCGGCGGAAAAUUUCAUUUACUUUUUGUCCUGGAAACCAGAGAGCCGAGCGGGGAGCCACGAAAACAAGUCGGACAUGAACGGGGAGAUUGUCUGCAACAGCCAUCCAGUCACUGUCUUAAGCUGCACCAGGUCCAUAUCACCAGUUCACGAUGAAAUCCAGCUGACUCAGCAGGGUCGGUGCUCGCCGAUAUGCUUCCAGCAGAGCGACGCUCAGAGGCAGGGAGAGGGCAGGAGAACAAACGCCAUCAGCACGACACCAAAAGACUCUCAGGCCGGUUUCCCAGAGACGGCGAGCAGCUACAGCCAGUGUUCACCCUGCUGGUCAGAUGAACAGCCGUCGCCUCCGCAGCUCCACUGCACUCAGACCUGCCUUCGCUCCCCGAGCGAGCUCCCCCUGCCUCUGGGCAACAGCCUCUCGCACGCUCCCCUCCACGCCAACAACAACAACGGCGGCGCUCUCCACAGCCGCCAGCGGAGAGGAGUCCGACUCAAGGUCAAAGGAAAGAAGUCCACGCUAAGAAUCGCAGGAGGCAAAAACUCUCAAAACCGAAAAGUUACCGACUAUUAUCCGAUAAGACGGAGCUCAAGAAAAAGUAAAACAGAGCUAAAGUGUGAAGAAAAGAAGCUCAUCGAUGAUCUCAUCACAAAAGGGAUAGAAGAAGGAAUGGAGGUGCAGCAUAUAGAAGGAAAGGGGAGAGCCGUGUUUGCCACUCGGUGUUUCCAGAAAGGCGAGUACGUUGUGGAGUACCACGGAGACCUGCUGCAGAUCACCGACGCCAAAAAGAGGGAGGCCGAAUACGCUCAAAACCCCGCCACCGGCUGCUACAUGUACUACUUCCAGUUCCUCUGCAAAACUUACUGCGUGGACGCCACUAAAGAGACUGGUCGAAUGGGUAGGUUGAUAAAUCACAGUAAAAACGGAAACUGCCAAACCAAACUCCACGACAUCAACGGGGUCCCUCACCUCAUCCUCGUCGCCUCUCGGGACAUCGAUGAGGGCGAGGAGUUGCUCUAUGACUACGGGGACCGCAGUAAAGCCUCCAUCGCAGCUCACCCGUGGCUCAAAUAUUGACCCUCGGAAACGUAAAAAAAAAGA